GGUCAGGUCAUCAUCGGUACCCGUCUCCUAUUUCGAGGAGAAUCGAAAAAACCUCAGAGGCACCCGUCUCUCUCAGUCUCGCAGCUCUUUGCUUCUCCGCUCUAAUCUCUCCCUCAGUUCAUCUGCAUUUCUCGAAUAGUUCUGCUCAAGAACUACUCUGCAAUGGCGUUGGCAGGCCGCCUCAGACCGAAUCUCUCUCUCGUGCAAAGGAUCCUUAGAAAUGAGCCCAUUUCUGCACAGAGAUCCUCUCCUGGUUUUGCAGUUUCAGAGGUUUUGAGGAAUUAUGCAACUGCAUCACAACCAAAGGAAUCAAAGCCCAAGGUGCCUCUAGCUUUGUUUGGAGUGUCUGGCAACUAUGCAUCUGCCUUGUAUCUCUCAGCAACAAAAGCUAAUUUAUUGGAUAAAGUUGAGACUGAGAUUCUUGAUCUUGUUGAGGCUUCCAAGAAAAGUCCUACCUUUUCUCAGUUCAUAAAGGAUUUGUCAGUGCCUGCAGAGACAAGAGUAAAGGCUAUAAGUGAAAUUUGUUCUGAAGCUAAAUUUUCAGAUAUCACAAAAAAUUUUCUUGGUGUUUUAGCUGACAAUGGGAGACUAAGACACAUUGAGAAUAUUGCAAAGAGGUUUUUGGAAUUGACCAUGGAACACAAAAAAGAGGUGAAAGCCAUUGUGACAACUGUCAUUCCCCUUCCCCCAGAAGAGGAGAAAGAACUGAAGGCGACACUGCAAGAUAUUAUUGGACAAGGGAAGACAGUUAAGCUUGAACAGAAGAUUGAUCCUAGCAUUCUUGGAGGAUUGGUCGUGGAGUUUGGGCAAAAGGUCUUUGACAUGUCAAUUAAGACCAGAGCAAGACAGAUGGAACGGUUCCUACGGGAGCCCAUCAACUUCGACAGCCUCUGAAGGAAACCCCCUACUUUUGUGUUACUUCUGCUUCAAUCCUGUCGAAUGCCGAUGCACCAAAAAAAGUGUUUUUUUUUUUAAUUAUUUUAAUAUUUCCUUUUGUUUAUAGCCCCGAAUUGUUUAUCUUCCUGCUUUCAUGGAGGUGGGCUCUCCAUUUCUUAAAAAUAAAAUCUACAAAGAAGAUGACUAUUAUUAUUCUGUUACUUAGUUUGGGGACAAAACCUGCUGAAUCUUAUUUUUCUACUCUCA